AUGAACGCGUUCGACUUAAAGUAUGAACUAUCGCCUACUGAUGCCAAGGAGCUUGCAAAUGUUCCGUCUACUCUUCAGCUAUUUCCUGAUGUGUGCGAGUUUGAGGAAGGGGGUGAUGUAGAGGGGUACGCGGACAGCAACAAUGACUAUGUUGAUGAUUGGACGCUCCAAAGAAUUGGUACGCUUCAAUAUCGAUUAGAACUUCUUGAGACCAGACAGUAUUUUGGCAGAUCAGGCUUGAACCUGGUGGCCGCCCAUAUGAUAUAUGGCUUGGCUAAUGACGUGUUUGGAUUUAACGGGUGGUCAACCACCAUUCUUGAUUGCGUGUUUGCAGACUUCAAUGAAGAGCCAGAAAAGUUUUCUGCAAAGUGUACAGUUAAGUUGCGGAUUACGUUACGAAGUGGCGCUACAAUGGAACAUUACGGUACCGGAGAGGCUGUAAAUUUGCCACACAAGUAUAUGUGUUACAGUAAAUGCAAGAAGCAGGCAGUGACUGCUGCCACCAGAAACGCGAUUCUUGGUCUUAAGGAGCUUUUCUAUAGAUACGAAAAGAGAGAACUUGAAGAGGAAGCGGAAGAAGAAGCGGGAGAGGAAGCGGAAGAGGAAACAGAACAAGAAGAAGCCAGUUUAAAGAAUGUGAGCAUAGGUUAA